GAACUUGAUUGAGAAAGCACGCUGCAGGCUGCAAGGAGUGAGAGACCAUGACCGAGGAAAAAGCCAGAGGACCGAGUGCUGCAACAGUGGGGCCAGAUGAGGGAGCGCGUGAAGAGGGGGCUCAGCCGAGGGGGAAGUGGGCCGACAACAAGGAAUUCCUACUCUCCACGACUGGGGGAAUCAUUGGCUUUGGGAACUUGUGGCUAUUUCCUUAUUUGUGUUUCAGGCACGGAGGAGUUGUUUUUCUCAUCCCAUACUUUGUGCUCUUCCUCUUCUUCGGCGCCCCUCUCCUCUUCCUGGAGAUUGCGUUGGGCCAGUACACCAGCGAGGGUGCAGUCACUGCCUGGAGGAAGAUAUGUCCCAUGUUCGAGGGAGUGGGGAUGGCGUCCCAAGUGGCCACGUUUUAUCUGAGCACCUUCUUCAUCAUCAUUUUGGCCUGGAAUAUCUUCUACAUGAUUAACUCCUUCAAAAGCCCCCUGCCCUGGUCUACUUGUGACAACUGGUGGAACACUGAGUUAUGUCAUAGUCGAGUCAACAUGUUGGACAACUCCCACCUGUUUUCCUCCAACACCAACUGGUCGUUCCUAAACAACAUCACCUUGCCUGAAGACUUUGAGUCCGUCCAGUACUUCAAUGUAACGGACCUGUCACAGCCGGACAGUUCAUCAGAAGAGGAGUUCUGGAGGCAUCGUUUGUUAAGAGUGUCUGACAAGCUCUUGGGUGAAGUGCACUGGGACCUGGCUCUCUGUCUCCUGCUGGCCUGGGUCAUGUGUUACUUCUGUGUAUGGAAGGGAAUCAAAUCCAUUGGAAAGGUGGUCUACUUCACAGCUACCUUCCCCUACCUGCUGCUGCUCAUCCUCUUCUUCCGUGGAGUGACGCUCCCAGGAGCCCAGCAGGGCCUGUACUACUACCUCUACCCAAAUUUCAGCAGGCUCGCUGACUCAAGUGCAUGGGAGGAUGCAGGAAUGUGUGUGAUGUACUCCUGCGCCACGUGUCACGGGGUGCUGACCACUCUGGGAAGCUACAACAAAUACAACCGCAACUGCUACAGGGAUUGCAUGGUGCUGUGCUGUGUGACCUGUGCGACUAGCAUCUUUGCAGGUUUCAUUGUGUUCUCAGUGUUGGGAUUCAUAUCUCAUACGCAGAAUGUUCCGCUAGACGAGAUUGUCAAUGCAGGUCCCACCUUGAUCUUCAUAUCCUUUCCGUUGGCUCUGUCGAUGCUGCCCGGCUCAACUUUCUGGACUGUGCUCUUCUUCCUCACGGUCCUCCUCCUGGGUGUCGACACUCAUUUUAUGUUGGUGGAGAGUCUGGCCACAUCCAUCACAGACAUGUUCCCACGUCACCUGAGGAGGCCUGGAGCGAGGGAGAUCCUGGUCCUGGUCAUUGCUGUGGUUUGCUUCCUACUGGGGCUGACGUUCAUCACUGAGGGAGGGAUAAUCGCCUUUCAUUUGGUUGACCAGUAUGGAACCAGUGAGAUCAUUUUCCUUUUCAUUUCCUGUUUGGAGACCAUCAUCAUCGGCUGGGUGUACGGAGCGGACCGUUUCUACGACAACAUUGAGGACAUGAUCGGGUAUCCACCAAACCCCGUGAUCAAGUACUGCUGGAUGUUCAUCACGCCGCUCCUCUCUGUGAUCUUGCUGCUGUGUAGACUGGCAAAUAGAUACUCUUUGUCUGUGUAUGGUUACAAUCUCGAACCUAUGGGCGCCACCAUCGGCGCUAUAAUUCUGGUCAUUCCGCUGAUGUGCAUCCCACUGUUCAUUUUGGUGGCACUGUGGAGGAACCCCCAAAACAUGAUCUCUUCAUCCAGCGACCUGCGUCAGCUGCGGCCUCACAAGCCUUUGCUCACGCUGUGUAAAUGUGUCAUCCUCAAGGCACAGGGGCAGUCCUUCAGGACCGCGGCCGAAAGACACGAGAAGAUAAUGAUGGAGGAGCCCAGCGGGGUUUGAUGGUUGUUGAUGGCGCUAGUAGACCUUGCAGGAAGCGAUUGUGCAUAGCUGGUAUUGAUGACUUUUACCAAUAUGUGACAGGAUAAUGAUGAGUAUUGAUUUGUAAAAGACCAAAAACAUACAUUUUAGACAGGUACAUAAAAGUGUAAAAAAAAAAAAACCUAAUUACUCCACUUAUAAUCCUAUACGCUCUAUUCAUACUAAACCUCCUAUUAACUGUAGAAAUCAUUGUUUCUGACAAUCAUUGUUUAUGACAAUACUUGUUUCGGAGACUUGACGCCACCAUGUCUGAAUGUUUCACACAUGAACAACGCUGCAGGAGAUUCUCCCCUCAGAAGCGUGAGGGGUGGAGCAACAGGACGUGACAUAAAUUCUCCACUCAUUCACUAACCCCUCCUCCUCAUAUAGGAGCUUAUUUGUAGAGGAAAAUAUCAUGAGCUCAUCGAUACAAGAAAAAAACCCAAGACUCUUUCAAACACCAAAUUUUCUCUGCACAUCAUUGUUGCAGGACCACUCCACUGUGUAGGCUAUUAAAAAUGUCACUAAACAUUUGGACAGCACCACAAUAUAGUGAACUCACUAUAGAGUGGACUUUGUGUUGAUUUUCUUUAACUCCACCCUCCCUGAUUUCUUAACCACUGAUAACCUCAUGCAUCACAUUAGUGAGUACGUUUAACUUUUUAAAAAAAUCAAAUCAAAGCAGAUAAAACAACUCUUCUCUCUGUGAAUCUGCAGGUUUGUGGUGCUGGUG